GAUGAUAUACAAUCCAUAGGUUCUUAUUAAGGUGGAUAAACACCUAUAUUCUAUUCACCAAAUAAAUAGAGUUUAAUCUAAAAACAAAAACAAUCCUCUAAUCCUAAAAGUCCAGAAAAAAGAAUAAGUAGACACAUCAGGAAUUACACUUUCUAAAUUGAUGAUGCUACUGAACAAUAACUUUAAAACAAUGAGCAACAAGUUCAAAGUUCUCCUUAAUUUAAAAAUUAAGAAGAAUAAUUAAUUCUUAGACAUAGAAGAAGAAGAAUUACUCAUAGAACAAAAAGUGCUUUGA